GUCAUACUUUGCCACCUCGAACUCAGAUCUUCUCGUUUGACUCCAACUCCAGCUCAUAUCGUUUCUUGACAUCGCACUUCACUGCGCCCUUCCAACGACACCAUGAUCUCCACAUCUACAGCUCUCCUAGCAGCAUCUCUACUCGCUUCCGAGGCUCUCGCCGACAGGUGGUGUCGCGACCGCUGGACCGGACGCGUCUACAGGUGUAACGGGCUGAGCACCGGCGCGCGUAUCGCCAUUGGCGUGUGUGUCGGUGUCGGCGUUUUCCUUCUGUUCCUAGCCAUCGGCUUGUUGCGCCGCCGCAAGCUCCAGGCGCAGUGGAACCGCUACCGCCCGCCUCCGCCCGUUGGCAUGGCCGCCCCCGGCGGCUACUCGAACAACCCCCCGCCGCCGACAUACGCAACGGGUGGUGCCGGCGGCUUCCGCUCCGACUCGGGCGUUGACAGCCCCGCGCCCCCGCCCGCCACCUACCAGCCCUCGAGCGCGGGACAGUAUGGCAUGGGCGGCGGCAACUCUGGCUACUACGGCAAUGACAACAGCACUCACAACUACGAGUAUGAGCAGCAGGCACGCAUGGAUGCCGAGAAGAACGGCGGCGCUCAGUCACCGCCCGGCUACAACGUCGAGAGCGCCGGCCCCAACCUUUACGCGCCACCUAGUGGCCCGCCCCCUGCUGCGGGUACCGGCAACUAUGCCUCUCCCACCGGCCCGCCCCCCGGCCGCUAAAGCGCUCAACCGUAUCCAGGCCUCAGGCAUGUCCGUCACACCGGCCAAAUACCCAAUAGAUGUCGAAUCCAGGCUCGCAGGUAGAGUGUAUCUAUCAUCCUGUGCCACUAUAAAGAAUAAUCGUAUGUAGUUGAUGGCUGUACAUGGCCAUCUUAUCGUAUGGAUACAAUGCUGUGG